UCCGUUGUUCAAGUUUUCCAUUCCCAGCGCCGCCCCGUCGUUGAGGCCUUCUAUCCAAAAUUCGAAUUCAAGGCGAUUGUUCUUCGGAGACCGAAUCGCCAUUUUGUAUGUACGUGUGUUGAUGAAGAAAUUAGCUUCGUGGUCCAAUAUUUUUAGUGCCAAGUCAUUCGGAAAAAUGUGCGAUUUUUAGUGUACUAGAGGCUAGAUUGUAAUUAAACAUGACGCAAUUUUUACCACCCAAUUUAUUAGCGCUUUUUGCACCUCGCGAUCCUAUACCUUAUUUACCUCCGGUUAUUAAGCUACCUCAUGAAAAAAAGAGCGCUGGAUACAUCGGCAUCGGAUUAUUUCUCAAAAACUUCGAGGAUCCCAAGGACACGCCUCCACCAGUCCGUGUGGAGACUACCGAAGAACGUUUGGAGCGUCGAAGAAGAGAACGCAAUGAACAAGUAGCUUAUAAGUUAGAGCAGGAAAUUGCAGUAUGGGAUCCUGCGGGUAUUCCUAACGUAACUGCAGAUCCCUUUAAAACACUUUUUGUCGCCAGAAUAAACUACGAUACAUCGGAAUCCAAAUUGAGGAGAGAAUUUGAAGUUCAUGGUCCAGUGAAGAAGAUCGUUGUUAUUCACAAUUCGAUAAAUGGAAAACCUCGAGGGUACGCCUUUAUUGAGUAUGAACAUGAGAGGGAUAUGCAUUCAUGGUGGCUGCUGCCGGCAACUAGUGCCGUUCACUAUUCCAUGCAUUCCCUGAACCUGCCUGAUAUGAUAGCCGCUUAUAAGCAUGCCGAUGGUAAGAAAAUAGAUGGUCGUCGAGUUUUGGUGGACGUUGAGAGGGCAAGGACCGUUAAAGGCUGGUUGCCGCGAAGACUCGGCGGCGGACUCGGUGGUACCAGGCGCGGCGGCCCCGACGUCAAUAUCAAGCACUCGGGCCGCGAGGAUAACGAGCGGGAGCGCGAGCGCUACAGGGUGGAGCGCGAGCGCGAGGCCAUCCGGGGUGUUGACCGAGACAGGGAGAGGGAGCGCCUUGAUCGUGAGCGCAGACGGUCACGGGAGCGGAAGCGGCGCUCGAGGAGUCGGUCGCGCGAGCGCAAGCGGCGUCGUAGUCGCGAGCGGCUGCCCGAGCCCGAGAUCGAGGAGCUCGAGAGGCCGCGCGACAGGCGCGAGCGCGACCGGGAACGAGAGCGAGAGCGCGAUCGCAAGCGCAGAAGAUCCAGAAGCAUCGAGAGAGAACGAGUUGCCGAGCGCGAGCGCAGAAGAGACAAGCGAGAGCGUGACCGUGACCGUGACCGACGUGAUCGGAAGGAGCGCCCGGACAGGAUCGAGAGACCCGACGAGGAUGUCAAAGACAUCAGGAUCAAGGAGGAACCACUCGAUGAUUAUCCCGAUUAUAAUAUGUAUUUUGCACAAGUCAAGUAUGAAGAAGAUGUUGAUCAACCAGAAGAGAAAUAUAGAAUUCCUGAAAAUCGACCCGAUCAACCGUCCUACAACUACGAUUCUGUGCAAGACUACUGAAUUUGUAUUUCAGAAAAAACAAACUUUUGUUCCCUUACAGUGAUACUUCUGAAAGUGUGUUUUUCAAUAAUGCUUUCGCUACUCUUAAGAACUCAUCAUUCAUCAGAUUGGAUUACAAAGCAAUGAACAUAUUUUAUUUAUUUAUUAGUGCUUUUUUUUUUUUUUUUUUUCUCUU